AUGGAGAAGCAACCUGCGGAAAAAGUCGAGGCUAAAAAGACGCGUGGUGGUCAAACAGCGAUUGGCUUAGGCUCGGAUCCGCUUCCAUGUCGAGACAUUGUUCGGGCAGGCCGAGAUUCCCUCUCCAGCAACCGAGCUGGAAAAACAAUGCGUGACACCGAUCCCAGCACAGAAGGCGGCAAUCAUCCACCACCUCCUCAACCAAACACCCCUCAUGACCCAUGCUUCCCUUAUCUGAAUGGUCCUGGCCACAAAGACGCCACACCCCAGCAGCUAGCAAUCAUGUGGAAUAUGAUGCAAUCAGUAGGACUCACAUCCUUUCGACCAGACUUCGCCGAACCACCAAAUUCAAAGGAUAACAAGUGGCUUUGGGAUCUUGCGUUGAAGAUAUUCAUCAAACUUGUUGAGUGUGGCGAGUAUACUGGUGUGCCACUUCAAGAUGACGGACACGCAUUCAUCAAGAAGUGCUUGUUUACUCAUAUCCGCUCACUAAUUAAACGCUACCAGAACCAAAACUGGGAGGAAGCUCGUAGGAAAAACACGACCAAUGAGGCACGAAGAGGCGCAAGGCUCAGAUAUUUGCGACAAACACGCGAAGACCUGAUACUUUCGAACGAGCAACUUUGGCCACUUUCAGCAAUUGUCUCAGCUGCGUGCAGUGAUGACGAGACCGAUAAUGAACUAGAUUCCCCUGGUGAGGGAUGUAAGCAGCGUGUCGUUCCUUGUUGCAUUCGAAAGCUUGAAUGGCGCAGCGACCAGCUUGAAGAAAUCUGCAAGUUGAUCGAUGCUGCGAAGGCAAAGGACAAAUCUGGGUCCCCCCGCUCGAAGAAAUCAACACCAAACCAGGGCGGUCGUCCUACUCGGUCUAGGAUUCGAUGCACUGAAAGACCCACAAGUCGAGUGGGUCCACCAAUUAGUCAGCUAGAAAUCACACCUGAACCGCUCUUAAACAACUUCAUUACGCUACUGAAACGAUUUUAA